CUACUGGCUCCUGACUUUCCUCUUUCUGCCGCUCGUCCUGGAAAUGAUCAUCACCCUGAAGAGGCGCAGGGGAGAGGACUACAAGUGGCGACCCCCAACCCCCUCCAGCCUGUAGGGACCCUGCAUCCUGCUCGUCGCCCUGCUGCUAUUGUCUAACCUCCCCCGGGACACUGAGGAGGGGUCCUGCCCCUUAACUUUUCAUUACUGGAACUCAACUUUCCACGUUUUUCCUCCAUGAACGAACUUCAUUUUCUGGACAUGUAACCUACAGCUAUUUUUUUUAAGUAUAACAUUUGAGAAGCACACGCCCGUGCAUGAAACAUUUACAAGAAACAGAUGUUUUGUACAGGAGCAUCCUGAUGUUUUAAAGUGAGGCAAUGAAAUAUGCAGCAGUGUGGCUGUGAAUGGUCACUUUUCUUAUUGAUGAAAUUACUUUCUCUGUUGUUAAAUAAGUACGAUGAGUCCAAAACAGCUUGUCAAGGAGAAAGUAUUCAAACAUUUGAGUAAAAGUACACUUAAAUUGAUAAAAAAGUACUCGAGUAGAAGUAGAAGUUCCACAUUAGACAGAUUGAUGGAGGGGGGAACGGGCGGACUGACAUAUAAAUGGACUUUAUUGAUAACAAACUGGAAAUUCCUAUUACUGCAGCAACACAUUAGCCCCAUUACACACACACACAAAAACAAGAUAAAAAAUAGAUGAAAUAUAUAGAAUGAAAAUAAAAAAUGUACAGAAUACAGUAUAAACAUAUACAAGGUUAAACUAAAACUCUUAUGUUACUUAAAUGUACUUAAGGUAAAGUAAAGUAAAAGUACUAGUGAGUAUAUCCUCCUCCCUGUAAUGCAACCAUCUCCUACAUCUCCAAGGCUGAGUCUGGAUCAGCGGAUCAGUUCACCCCUCGUUAUUGAUUACAUUCAUCCAUUAAAACGAGGUGAGCAUGCAGAGUAGAGACCACCGAUAGUUGUGUAGAGGAGUAAUGAUAAAAUUCUACUGAGUUGCGUUCAACCACUUCUCAUGUCAAUUUUAAGUUGACUCAUUCUGUCAGAUCCACAAAUAUAUCCUUAAAAAAUAUAUACCUCAUUUAUCGAGGGUCUUGCAUAUUCAUUAUUCAACGUUAAUUCCAAUGCAUCCGUAUGAAGUUUUGUUGAUGAGUCUGUGCUGGUUGUCUUGCAGGUUCUCUCCUCCGAUCUUCAUGUUCCUCAUCAGUAUCAUUCCAUCCAUCUGGCUCCUGGAGCUCCACACCCAGGACAGCGAGGCUCAGUGCAAAAAAGUUGACUCUGACAGUUUGCGCAGAACAUUCACGACGAACGACAGCCUCGGAAACUUCACACACCAGGACUACCUGGAGCUCAUAAACGAGAAGUUGUCAUCUUUCUGCCCCAACGAAUGGAUCCUGGCUCUCCAUCAGAUCCUGCUCAUCCUCCUCAUCGUGGGGAAGUGGCUUCUCCCCCUGGGGGGCGGAGUCACCCGGGACGAGCUCUCACAGCUUCUCCUGAUCUUCAUCGGCACGGCGGCGGACAUCCUUGAAUUUACGAGUGAGACGCUCUUGGACGUCAAAGACACAAAGAGUUCUGUGAUGGUCUACGUUAUUUUAGGUGUAUGGACUUGGAGCAUGUUGCAGUUCCCCUUACACUUGGCCGUGGUGAGCUCCAAGCCGGACAUCGAGAAUGAGCAGGGCGUCCAGGAGACGUCCCUCUUGACCAAACACAGCCGCGACGUGUGGAGCAUCAUGGAGGCCUUGUUCAUCCAGGACGGGCCCUUCCUGGUGGUCAGGCUCAUAGUCAUGAUCUACUCCAAAGUCUUCCACCAGAUGUUGGGUUUCUUCACCAUCAAGAACUUCCUGGUGGUCAUACUGAACCUGUACAGGCUGGCUGUGAUAUGCCAGGACUACCGACCCUCCAGCAGCAGCAGGGACACCGAUCUCCCGUGAGUCUUCAAUGAGAUCAAGGGGAAGACGGGACGGAGACAUGUCAAGUUUUGCACUCACAGUCGAUGGGAAACAAGCUAAGAGGAUGUGAAAAGCUGUGAAUAAUUGUCUUACACUUGCGAGGGGAUGAAGAUGUCAAGUUCAAACUCCUCUUGACUCGACUCAACUUGAAGCUCACACUAUACGUCAUUUAUCCUUUGACAGAAGAACUGAUGAGACAUUGAAAUCAAAGAAAUUCCCGGCAGUGGGGCAAGAAAGUUAAGAAGAAGAGGGAAGCAGAGCAUAACAGGAAAAGGAUGUGAGAGAAACCCUUUCUACGUUUAUGUGUAAACACAUUAUGCACAUUACUAAAGCAGCCAGCACUAUACACUGUAUGAAAGAAGUCCCAGAGCACAACAGGCUGCUUAUCAACGCGGCACUGCCAGUAAGUGAAGUAAUCUGCUGCUCGGACAAGGACUGGCCAGAUUUCUCACUGUGUGAUGCCCCGAGGACAGGAAGAGAGGAGGACAGAGAGAUAUACUCAAUGACACUGAUGCUGGACAGAGACUGAGAUUGGAGAACAGCUUUCCUCCCCCAUUUAUUUACUUUCUGUGUAUUUACUUCUGCACAGAUAAAUAACAGCACAUUCCAGAGUCCACUUGGUAAAUUGAGCUCAACACUGUUUACUUCCCUUACCAGCCAGAUAUUAGUGCUCCACUCCACUUUACUCAAAGAUCUUACAGUUGAAUUGAAAACAUAUAAAACCAAGGUUAUAAAGUAAUGAAAGAAAAAUACUGUCAUGUUACUGCUUUUAAUCCGUUGAAUACCUUUGGCUACCUGACAAACUUUCUCUGUUGGAAACUUAAAGUUGAAGCUGAUGAUGUGAUUUUCAAGUUUGCAUCUGUUUCUAAGCUUGAACCUUGUCCCUCUGCCCCUGUGAUGUUUACACUCAUCAUUACAUCCUGUUUGUUAAGGUUGAUGGUCUACUCUGACUCGAUUGGCUUUUAUAUAUUUUUUGUAACAAAGACCUCGUUGGGAUUCUUCCUUCUAACGGUGACUCUGUGAUGAUCUUUGGUUUUUAUUAUGAUCAAAGCUCCACAGUCCUGGCUGAGGACCACAGGUGACCACAUCUGUCGGAAAAACUCUUUAUCCUCUUUUAAAUCUCUCUGAAAGACACGUUUUAUAAGUGUCUUUCCUAAUCAUUAUUUCUUUUUUAUAAUGUUUUAUAUUAUCAUAUUUUUACUAAUCUUUAUUUCUGUAUCUCUGCUCUAAUGAUGUGUGACCUUCAAAUUACUUUUGAACUGUCUCCUAUUGUUUGCCUUGAAUUAUUUAAUGUUUAACCACUAUCGCCCCUUGUUACUUUAUUUUGAAAGUUGUUAAAUAGUAAAAUGUAUUAUACUAUAAUUUUGUAUCACUUUUUUUUGACUGAUUUUAUUCUAUGUGUUUUGCAUUUAAUUAUCAGAAUUUUUUUGAUUAUAUUUAAAUAAUUGUGCAUCGUUUGAAUGUUUUGUAUCUUUUAAGUCAUGUAUAUUGUUGCUCAUUAUUACUGUAAAUGAGGUUCAGCCCCUUAUAAUGUUAAUCACUGACUUUAUAAGGGAAGGUAUUAGUCACUGUUAAUGUGGCUGGACUUGAAGAAACCUAAAUAAAACAGUACAAAUCAU